AUGGACCCAUCAGAAGACACCCGGUUAAGCAAACCAGACAAACUCUUCCUUAUCAACGAAUCUGCUUCUCCUGCACAACAUGAAGCCACUAACACCGAAAUCCAAGCCAUCGCCUCAUGCCUCGACAGCCCUCCCCAGAAGAGAAAAAGACGAGCUGCCGUCGUGGGUCUGGGAAUGGUCGGUGUUGCCUUUGUCGAGAAGCUUCUCAACUACGAUGCCACGAGCGGCCACAACGAGUGGGAAGUCGUGAUCUUCGGCGAGGAGCCUUAUCUAGCCUACAACCGUGUCGGGCUCACCCAAUACUUCAAUGACCGCUCCAUCAAAAACCUCUACCUCAACCCACCAGACUGGUACUCUUCCUUUGGUGGUAACAAACUUGCAUUCCACACAUCAGACGCCGUCACAGCCAUCAACCCCGAAGCCAAGUCUCUGCGGACCGCCAAGGGUGAUGAGGUGUCCUACGAUGUAUGCAUCCUUGCGACUGGAUCCAACGCUGCACUCCCGCCAUUCCUUCCCCUCAAGACAUUCCGCCAAACCAAGGGCUCCUUCGUGUACCGAACGAUUCAAGACCUGGAUGCGAUAAUGGAGUAUGUUGUUAGUGCACCAAAAACCCUUGGCCGCCGGAUAUCCAAGGUUGGUGUAAUCGGCGGCGGUGUCCUUGGUCUUGAAGCAGCAAAGGGCCUUCUUGAUCUGGGCGCAUUCAACGAAGUGGUCCUAAUUGAAGGUGACAAGUGGUUGCUCAGCCGUCAACUCGAUGAAGAAGGCGGUAAGAUCGUCGGAGAGAAGAUCAAGGCCAUGGGUGUGCAAGUACAUGUGGGUGCUCGAGUGCAAAGCUUACUGUGGGAUGACAAGCAGCGGCUCAGCGGCCUCGUCCUCCAAGGCAAAGGCAGCGGCCAAAAGAUCGCUCUCGACAUGCUCGUCUUUGCCGUCGGUGUCCGCGCUCGUGAUGAACUUUGCCGCAACACACCCAUUGCUGUCGGAAAAAGACCCGGCGGCUUCAUCGUUGAUCCUCAACUGCGCACCAACGUCCCUGACAUUUAUGCAAUUGGUGAUUGCGCCAACUACCAGGGUCAGAACUAUGGUCUCAUCGCCCCCGGGAUUGAGAUGGCCGAGGUUCUCGCCUUCAACCUGACAAAGGAACCGCAUCAUCGUGCACGCGAGCUGCAGACGCCGGACCUCAGCACAAAGCUCAAGCUCAUGGGGGUAGACGUUGCCGCCUUUGGUGAUUAUUUCGCCGACAAGGGAAUCAUCAGCAAGCCAUUACCGGGAGCCGUCCGCAGAGCUGUGGCCAAGGCGGGUGGCACCAUUACCCAAGACAACAUCAAGACCGAGGUCAAGGCCGUCACAUAUCGUGAUCCCUUUCUCGACGUAUAUAAGAAAUAUAUCUUUAGUGCCGACGGGAAGUACAUCCUUGGUGGUAUGAUGGUCGGAGAUGUCAAGGAUUACUCCAAGCUUCUGUCCUUGUACCGCAAGGGCGAGCCGAUCGACAAGUCGCCUUCUGAGUUCUUCGGGGGGAAGAAGAGCGAAGAAGAUGAAGAUGCCGACUUGCCAGAUGAUGCGCAGGUCUGCAGCUGCCACAAUGUCACAAAGGGCGAAAUCACCCAGUGUGUCAAAGACGGUAAGCGGUCCUUUGACGAAGUCCAGGCCGCUACUAAGUGCAGCACUGGAUGCGGAGGCUGCGAGAGCCAAGCGUCACGCAUCUUCGACCAGGCCCUGGCUGCCGCGGGGCUGGACGUGACGAACAUUAUUUGCAAAGACUUCCCUUACUCUCGCAAAGAUCUGAUGAAGAUUAUCAAGACAAAGGAGCUCAAAGACUUCCGAGCCAUCAUGGAGGCAGUUGGGAACAAGCCGAACAGCUUCGGCUGUAUGCUGUGCCGGCCUGCCAUUGCUUCUCUUCUGAGCGAGAUAUACAAUGAUGAUCGAUACAUGCUGGCUAACAAGAAGGAAAAGCUUCCACCUUGGUCUGCCAGGAAACCCCAUCCUCAUCUGUAG